CACAUACACAUGAGCAGGAAACAGGAAACGUACUUGUUCCUGUAAAACAGGGAGACACGAACAUUGAGACUCAUGCCUAAUCACAAAAAAUGUAACAUACAGAAACAAAACUUCAUGCUGUUUUUUGUCCUGUUUCUCGCGGCAGGAUCUGCCAAUUAUGGCACUGCAAAUGAAGACACUUCAGGAGAUGAUUCAUCAGCAUUGAAUGAUACAGUAACACCUAGCUCAGAGAUAUCUGCAAAAUAUUUUACAGCUGCAGGUGACCACGAUCUGACCAUCAAACCAACAGAAACCGAGAACAAUAUUGAAACAGAAAAUAAUGCAAGUACUGAGUUAAAUGAUAUACAUAAUGACAACACCCCAGAAACGGCAGGUGUACCGCCUGCCUUAAUGUUUGGCAUUCCUGCGGUGAUACUAGUCCUACUAAUUCUGCUGAUCAUUUUCUUUGUGAUACGUCAUAAAAGGAAAAAGUCUAAGCAAGGUGAACUGGGAAGUGAAAAUGUCAAAAGUCCUAUUUUUGAAGAAGACACACCCUCUGUUAUGGAAAUAGAAAUGGAAGAGCUGGAUAAAUGGAUGAAUAGCAUGAACAAAAAUGCUGAAGGUGAAUGUUUACCUACUGUAAAAGAAGAAGAAAAGGAAUCAAAUGUCUUCACAAGGGACUGCAAAUCAUGAAGUCCAAACAGCACUGAACUGGUUAAAGGGAAGCUGUGCACAAGGCUCAUAGUCCUAUCCUGCAGAUAUGAGAUGAACUGGAUGUGAACUUAAUUAGUCUCAAACAGCAAGAGAAGCAAAUGCUUUUGUUGUUCCCUGUUGCAUGCAUUCUUUGUAAUGGAGGCAUCACUAAUAAAAACAAGGAAAUGCAUUACAGUAAGAUUAAGGUCUGAUUUAAACUUGCAUUGCAAUGAAAUUUCAGCAUUAAUAUAGCAAGAACAGUCCUAUUUCUGAAGGGCCUCAGAACAGUCCUCGUUCCACCUUAUCUUCUAUCUGUGUGUGGCUGUGAUAUGCAUGACUGCUCAUGUACCAGAGUUCCUCCAUAAAGUAUCACUGUAGCCUUAACUCUCAAUUUCCUUGUGUUAGUGCUAAAUUCAUAAUCUUGUAUUUUUUGGGGGUAUAUAAUUUACUUUUUUUGUAAUGGUGGAAUAAUUUGUUUUGGAUUUCCAUUGAUGAAGUAAAAGGCUGUGACUGCCAGAAAAGAUUUGAUGUCCACUAAAAAAUUAAACUGCUGAAAGCUA